GGUUUGCCUUCUUUCUGUUAUUGCAGGCAAAAGGCUGGGAAAAGGAGGCGUUGCGUUUGCUCCGGUGGUAUUGAUCGCUUUUUGCUCGGGCUGGAACUCGUCGGGACGCUGCAUGCCAGUCUGGGCCGCCCACCCGCCAACCCACUCCACCCUCCGCUUUCCGUUCCCUUCCUUUUGGCCGGGAAGAGUUUUCUUUGUAUUUCUGCUUGGCAAUGCACAAGGAUCGCGCAGACACAACGGCCAGCGGCAGGAGGAACUUCCCAAGCAGGAACCUAAUGGCUGCUAAAGGAAAAAUCUAAAGACCAAAGUCUCUCUACCCCUACCCCGUAUCGCCCCAUCCUGCCAGGGGAAGGAGGGCUGCCAAGCGAGCUAGAGGAAGCUGGUAACCAUGGGUUGGCACUGAUGCCUGCUUGCCUGCCCCCGGUGGGAGAAUUCAGAGGUUCUCCCUCCCCAGGGGCUCUGCAGACGGAGAGUGUGUGACAGCAGCCGCAGCAAAAGAAGCAGAAGUAGAAGAGGAGGAGGAAAGGAAGGAAGGAACAAAACCCUCAAACCAACAACUCCCCAAGCAGUGCUUUGAACUUCCCUUGGACUCUCGAUUGCACUUUUCCUUGCAGAUUUUAUUUUCAUAGAGAUUCAUUCUCCUUAUCCUUACUGCAGUUUUGGAGAGGUGUGUUGUAGCUCUCUCUUUAAAAUCGAUCUACACACGCACACAGAACUAUUUUUGGCCAGUAUCAUGGCGAUGAAGGGGGCUGCCGCAAGCACCGGGAUCUUGUUAGUAACCGCCAACGUUGGAUCCUUGUUUGAUGAUCCAGAAAAUUUGCAGAAGAAUUGGCUUCGGGAGUUUUAUCAGGAGGUCCAAACCCUGGCUAAUGAGAUUAAAACAGAAGCCAACCACUCUGCUCACCAAGAGAUCCACAAAACAUCAGGCAGGGUGCAGCAUGAGAAAUAUGGUGGAAGUGAUAGGCAUCCAAUGCUUUGCCUGGCAGCAAUCUUCUGGUCUAUCCAUGGAAGUGAAGGUUGUGCAUGCACACAAACCCCACUUCAUGGCGUUGCACUGUCAGGAAUUUGGUGGGAAGAAUUAUGAAGCAUCCAUGUCUCACGUGGACAAGUUUGUUAAAGAAUUGUUAUCAAGUGAUGCUAUGAAAGACUACAACAGAGCCCGGGUUUACUUGGAUGAGAACUUCAAGUCGCAGGAACAUUUUACAGCGCUGGGAAGUUUUUACUUUCUGCAUGAAUCCUUGAAAAACAUUUACCAGUUUGACUUUAAAGCUAAGAAAUAUAAAAAGGUUAUGGGGAAAGAAAUCUACUCAGACACAUUAGAAAGUACGCCUAUGCUGGAAAAAGAGAAGUUUCCACAGGAUUAUUUCCCAGAGUGUAAAUGGUCCAGAAAAGGAUUCAUACGAACAAGGUGGUGUAUUACUGACUGUGCCUUUGACUUGGUAAACAUUCAUCUUUUCCAUGAUGCUUCCAAUUUAGUCGCUUGGGAAACAAGCCCAUCGGUUUACUCAGGAAUAAGGAAUAAGGCCCUUGGUUAUGUACUUGACAGAAUUAUAGAUCAGCGGUUUGAGAGAAUUUCAUAUUUUGUCUUUGGAGAUUUCAACUUUCGACUGGAUGCCAAAUCUGUGGUAGAGACACUUUGUGCAAAGGCUACAAUGCAAACCAUCCGGGCUGCUGACACUAAUGAAGUAGUCAAGCUAAUAUUCCGUGAAUCAGAUAAUGAUCGAAAGGUUAUGCUACAAUUAGAAAAGAAACUUUUUGACUAUUUUAAUCAAGAUGUUUUUCGAGAUAACAAUGGCACUGCGCUUUUGGAAUUUGACAAAGAACUGUCAGUCUUUAAAGACAAAUUAUAUGAACUGGACAUUUCAUUUCCUCCCAGCUAUCCAUAUAGUGAAGACUGUAGCCAGGGAAUGCAGUAUAUGAACACUAGAUGUCCAGCUUGGUGCGACAGGAUCCUUAUGUCACAUUCUGCCAAAGAGUUGAUUUUAAAGUCAGAAAAUGAUGAAAAGCAAGUGGUAUAUGACCAUAUUGGACCAAAUGUCUGCAUGGGGGACCACAAGCCCGUCUUCCUGUCCUUUCGAAUAGCCACUGGGGCAGGUAAACCUAUUGCCAAUGUGCACAAGUGUUGUGUCGUGCAGUGAUGUGGUGGAAAAAGAUGCCUUCGACAUGAGAAGAUCUUUCAAGAAAGCUCCUUAUAAGCAAGGAGGAGGACAAAGCAGAAGACCUUGAAGUCUAUCCCACAGUUUAAAUCGUGUCAGCUCUAUUCAUCCUUCAAGUCCUGCGUGCCAUGUUAUUGUUUUUAUUGUUGUUGUUUUAGGCUGAUCAUACACUAUCUUCUACAGCAUCUGGACUGUAGUCCCGAAAAACAAACAAAAACGAAUAAGAAAAACUCUCAUACCUCACCGUCUCGUAUAUUCCUGUGACAUCAAAUAUGAACUUUUUAUUUUUAUAUGGAGAUGCAUAUAUUAUGCCACAGACAGUCUGAUUGCCAAAAAUGAAACUCUCUAGUUUGCCACAGUGUUCUGUGUUUUAGACUUCACUGUGUUUUGUUUUUAAUUUGUCAAUGUGAAAUUAUAUAUGAUAUAUAUAAUAUUCAACAUUUAGGACCAUUUUCAUCACCCUUCUCUAGCGUAGAGCUAGGUUGGGAUUUUGUACAUUGCCUUGUAUAGUAGUCUCACUGUGAUAUUGUAUCUUUGACCAAGAUGUAUGGUUUCUGUGAUGGGGGGUGGGUAAUUAGGGUUAGAUGGUUGAAGUUGUUUGUUCUUGUUUUCCCCAUUUUUAUAGACAUUUUGUUUCCUCGUGUUAUUUACUAUACUGCCAUGUUCCAUGGGUUUUGAAUCACACAACAGCAGCUGCUUUCUAUGCUUGUAUAUAUUUAUAUAUUUGUAUGUGAGUGUGUAUAGAGAUAUAUAUAUAUGUAUACACACACAGAUAUAGAAAUAAUUUAUAAUUAUAAACUGUUUCUCCUGAUAGAAAAUAGAUUUUUCAAACUAGAGUUAAAAUCUAGCAUAAGUACUCCUUAAAGCAGACACAUUGAAAUGAAUGGAUCUUCCCAUUCAUUUCAAUGUGUUUACCAAUGUAGGAUUUUACCCUAGCCCAACCUGUACACCCUUUGUGGCAGUCAAUUCCACUGGGUGUGUCUCUCUGUGUGUGCAGGUAUGUCCUUUCCCAUGGGCCUAAACUGCCAUCAAGAUCCAUGUGGCAGAAGGUCAUUUGCCGCUAACACAAUCCCAAAACAUGCUUACUCUGAAGCAAGUUUACUGGGUUUUCUUGAGAACUGCAGGUUUACCCAGAAGUAGGUGUAGCUAAGAUUGCUAGGGAAUAAGUAGCAGUGAGCCCUAAGACCUUACCUCAGAGGGGAAAAUGCCUAGGAUCCAAAAGCUGGGUACAUGUUUUAGGAUGUGGGUGUGAAUUUGUGUACAUAUGGACCCACUUGAGAUUCAUUUCCAAGAUUUCUUAUUUAAGAACGGGUAGCCUUAGUGCCCAAUCAGCCCAAGGGUUGCCUUUGCUGGUGUGUGUAUAUAAAGCCAGGACACUUCUCCAUCUGCAGACUGUAGUCACAUAUUUAAGCAGCAAAUUCUGGUGCUGAGCAUUGUAGCUGAAAACAAUAAAAACAUGAGGGAAAAAACAAACCAGCCACACACCAGGUAGCAAUUUUUCAGUGUAGCAAAGGGCCAGAAAGAAGGAGCGAGGCAGGGGUCGUGGGCCAUAAACCUUAAUGCUGGUUGGAGACUUUCCUUUGCCCACCUUUCUCCACCCCCAUACCCUACUCCUCUUAUUUUUAACUCUUCCUCCCCCACCCUACCCCCCGUUGUACAGCAUUAAAAGGUGAUUAGUGAGUCUGUUGAUGAAACACAAAUGGAGGACUUUAUUGAUUUCAUUUAGAACACUACCGAGUUCAGGGACUAGGAGGUGGCGGGUGUGCUGGGUAUAAAUCACACGCUGGAGCUGUGUGUGUGUGUGUAGGGGAGGAUAAAAUCUGAGGCAAAGGGUUGCCUUCUGUUGAGCACAGAACCGGCGCCACACACACACAGCGCAGAGUGGGUGAAUCACUGGGUAUAUAUGAAGGCAUCAAGGAUGGAGCCAUGUGGGAAUUGGGAAAAAGGUUGUAUUUGGCGUGUUCACUUUGAAAUGAGCAUUCUAGUUUUCAAGCAAUAAAACUGAUCAUGGUGAAAA